AUCAUGUCGCGACAAAACGGUCAUCUAACGUGAAGCGUCGUGUUUCCGAAGAAAUAUGUUAACAAGAAGUACCCCAAAGUAUAUUUGAAUUUCUAUGUAUUUGGAUAUACGUUUCUAUUAGAUCAGAAUUAUUAAAGUAAUGCAACCUACCUCGAUUCAUUAGCUCCUCAUGGAUCCUGUUGUUAGACGUAAAAUCCCUGGCAGUCUACGUUCGUUACUCACGGAUAUUGCACCAAGGGAAGAACAAUACUUUUCUGACUGGCAAGAAACAGACCCUGAAUCAGUAAACAAUGAUAGGAUUGUACUUCCCAAAAGAGGGACUUCUGAAACCCUCCUGACAUCAGCCACAGAAGAAAAAGAAUGUGAAACUACUAAUGGAAACGUAGCAUCUUCACUCAGGCCAUGUGGGCUUUGCCUAUCCAAGCCUUCCUGUUACACUUGUCCCAGGUGUAACAUCCCAUAUUGUGGACUGGUUUGUUACCGCAGUCCUGAUCACUCUUCCUGCUCGGAGGAGUUUUAUAAAGAGUCUGUGCUUCAGGAGCUGAAAUCUCAAGGUGUCACAGAUGAAGAGGGAAAAAGCAAGAUGCAGGAAAUUCUGUUAAGGCUCAGACAAAGUGCAGAGGAUGAAGGAGGUACCACAAAUUUUCUAAGGAAUUUACAGCAAAAUACUGGAACUAAUGUGACGCAACAAGACGCAGAUGCUUUGGAGCUGCUUUCGAGGUUAGCGGAGAUUCAGGCAGCUGGAGACGAGGAUAGCCAGGAGGCACAAGAGAUACUUGCAAAACUACAAGACAUUGAAGAGGGUGGUAAUGCCAUAGAUGGGUGUGAUGAAGAAGAAGACGAAGCUGAGUUAGCAGAGAAGUUAGACGGGCUGGAUAUUGACUCUCUUACAGAGGAGGAACUCUGGUCAUUGUUAUCUGCCCAAGAAAAAGAAAAGUUUGAAGCACUAGUGAAAGGAGGAGCUAUCGGUGGGCUCGUUGCCUUGUGGAGCCCCUGGUGGGAAAAUCACGAGAAAGACACCAAAACACUUAUAGAGGAAUUAAAAUCUCAGAAUGAGAAAAAAGAUGGACAGACCAAGGCCACUGAUGAAAAAACUAAACGAGACACAAGGAAAGUAAAAUUUGCAUUGGGGACAAUCCAAGAGGUAAAUAAAAAAGAGGCGAUAAAUAAAGAUAAAUCAGUUGAUAAAUCAAAUUCUUCAAUCCCUGCAGUAAGUGCCAAGAUCCCACCUCUUCUCACACUGUCCUCAAACCCAUCUCCUCUAGUGCAGUACAAUCUAGUCAAUGUUAUCUAUGGAUACACCUUCUCACUGUGUCUCGUCAACGGGGACAUCUCAGAACAAGAAAUGUUGCUGGAGUUCUGUCAGGUAGUACUAGGCAUCUCAGAAGUUCUUGGUGAUGGACGUGUCUUCAGUUCUGUCCCAGAGGCUGUUGAAGCCGGAAUAACAGCUCUAUCUACAAGUGGACACUUUGACUGUGAAGACCCCAGGGCUCCACUGCGAGCCGUGAAAGCCGUGGCUCACGUUCUGUCUGGAAAGAGCAGAGAGAAUAAUGUGGGCUACUCGCUGUCUGCUUUGUCCCAGUUGCGUUCAGCUUUGAAUAAAGCAAAGAGUUUUGUUCCCAAAGCUGAUGAGCAGGCGAGACGGAUGUAUUUCAAAGCAGGAAAAAAGUGUGAGUUUUUCCAGUCUUGGCUGAUGGAGAAUUCUGCUGCGGUGAGGAGUGUGGCAGGACAGGUGUGGAUGGAUUAUGAGAGGAGAGAUGUUCAGAGGAUUAAAUUAGAGGGAGAGAAGAAAGAUUUAGAAAUGAGACUGAAAAAAAGCAGAGGUAAAGGUGUGUUGAUAGAAGAGAUUGAGUGAGUUUUAAAAAUGAAACAUUUAUAAAUAAAACAAUAAUUUGUCGUUAACUGUGUCUGGAAUAAACUAUUUACUUUUUGAGAGUCAACAACAAUUUUCAGAGAUAUUGUAAAAUAAUAAAAUGUUUUAUUACUAUGG